AUGGCGGCGGCGGCGGCGGCGGCGGGCGGGCCGGGCCGCGGGCUCUGGGUGCAGGACGCCGCCUCCGCCGCCCGCCGCCGCCCCGCUCUCACCGCCGCCUCUCUAACCGCCCUGGCUCUCACCACCGGCCUGGCUCGCUCGGUACCGGACCGGAGCUCCCUGGAGGCGGCGGCGGUGGCGGCGGGGGCGGCUCUGGCGCAGCUCCCGCCGGGCUCCCGCAGCCCCCGCGCCGAGCGCCACGUCCAGCGCCUGCUGCGGCUCCGCGAGCGCGGCCGCCUCCGCGUCCGCUCCUUCGGCAUCAUCGCCGUGGCCGGUAGCGACCCGCACGGCGAGGAGCCCGCGCUGUACCGGGCGCGCUGCCCGCACCUCCGGCGGCGCGGCGAGCUGCUGGAUUUGGGGUUUUUGGGGCGCUGGUGGAUGCUGGAGGCGGCGCUGCGAGACAGCGACAUCAACGAGGAGGAGUUCGGGCACCUGGCGGAGCCGCUGCGGGCGCUGCGGCCGCGGGAGCUGCGCUCGGAGCGCAACGAGCGCCUGCACCGGGAGGGGAGGA